CCUUAUUUUUAUAGGUUAGAUUGUCGGAAGCCGCCGACGCGAUGCCAUCGAUCAUUGUUGAAUUUGUGUGAUUUAUAGAAUCGAAUUCAAAGUAUAUUCGGUAACUGGAGUCUUUAUUGUUUUUUAUAACAUACUUAUUAUCAUCAAUUAGUUAAUCAAGUUAUUAAAACAAUGAGGAUUGCUAUCGAAGGUUGUGCUCACGGUGAGCUCGAAAUAAUUUACGCGACACUACAGGAAAUUGAAAAAGCUGACAACAAAAAGAUUGAUCUUUUAAUAUGUUGUGGAGAUUUUCAAUCGACUCGGAAUCUCGCCGAUUUAUCGUGCAUGGCAGUACCCGAUAAAUACAAGGAUAUGUGCUCGUUCUACAAGUAUUACUCAGGUGAGAAAAUUGCACCCAUCUUAACAAUUUUCAUUGGAGGAAAUCACGAGGCGUCUAAUUAUCUCCAGGAGUUGCCUUAUGGCGGUUGGGUCGCACCUAACAUUUAUUACAUGGGAUAUGCAAGCGUUAUUACCGUGGCUGGUAUAAGAAUAGCCGGGAUUUCAGGAAUUUACAAAAGUCAAGAUUGGAUGCAAGGACAUCACGAAAAAACACCUUAUGAUAAUUCCACUAUUCGUAGUGUUUAUCACAUUAGAAAUUUGGAAGUCUUUCGGUUGAAACAGCUGAGCGGUAAAAUUGACAUUUUUUUAUCUCAUGACUGGCCUAGAGGAAUAACACAGUACGGCGAUGAGCAAGCGUUGUUGAGAAAUAAACCAUUCUUCAAAAACGAUAUCGAGGCAAAUGUACUGGGAAGUCCGCCAUGCAUGGAUUUGUUAUCGCACCAUAAUCCAUCUUUUUGGUUCUCAGCUCAUUUACAUUGUAAAUUUGCAGCGGUAAUACCAAAAGAGGAAGAUUCGUCGCGAAUUACAAAAUUUUUGGCCUUGGACAAAUGUUUGCCAAAGCGGAAAUUUUUACAAGUAUUGGAAUUAGAUCAUGACGAAAAUUUACCAAUAAAAAUAAAUUACGAUCACGAAUGGUUGACGAUAUUGUAUUUGACGAACCAUUUGUUGAGUGUAACACGCGGAGUACAUUACAUGCCGGGUCAAGGAGGAAACGGGAGAUGGAUGUACACGCCAACGGAAUCGGAAAAAGCGAGUGUAUCGAAAAAAUUUCAAGACGAUUUCGCUGUACCAGAAAACUUUGUGAAGACGGCUGAAGCGUUCAACCCGGAAGCGGCGCAAGGUCCGAUCGAGCCCCCGCGUUUGUGCACAAAUCCACAAACGACAUUGCUAUGUGAUAAACUUGGAAUCGACGAUCCGUCGGCUUUGUUGAAAAUUAUGAGCAAUACGAAAGAAGAUUCAUUCUCCAAUUCCGCUGUUGACAAAACCCUCGACUCGAGAGAAACUUCGUUGAACUUUGAGGAUAGUGUUAUGAAUUCAACAAUGGAUGAAGAUUCUCUGGAAGAAUCAAGCGACAGAGCUAGUCCUUUGCCUCCUCUUAGCCCGGAAAAUCACGUUGAAAUUGAAGAUUAUCCUGCCUCAAAAAACCUCGACUCUCUUUUUACGGAAAAGAAAGAAACUGACGAGAGUUUGCUCGAGUUAAGCGAUGUUGAUGCCGUUAUUGACAAAUGCGGCGAAAAGUCAAACACCGAACCAAAUUGUAAAAAAUUUAAACGACGAAAUCAUUCCUUGUAUUCCGACACCACGUGAAAAGGAAAACGAGGAGUAACUGACCCCUAAAUACGAUUAGGAAAUCAAUGAACAUUGUACAAAGUUAUUUUUUUUUUUUAAUAAAAUUUUCUUUAUUUCCA